AUGUCUGAAGGAGAUGACUCUUUCUCUGAUGAGAAACACUCGCCGCCUAUAUCCAACACAAAGCUCACCUCCACGAUCCUUGAUUCAAUCAAGAUUUUCUUCAGAAACAAACGCAUCUUCCUCUUUAUCUUCUUCUUCCUCACCCUCCCUCUCUCCCUCCUCCUCUUCUCCCUCUCCUUCUCCUCUCGCCCCCUCAAAGCUCAGAUCUACCACCUAGAGGCCAUCGCCGCACUCACCCGCACGCGCUUCGAGGCCCGCCAUGUCUGGCAAGAAUCACGAGCCGAGGCUCUCUCCCUUCUUCGCCUCAAGUCCCUUUUCUUUCUCCCUUCCUUUCUCCUCUCCCUCCUCUCCUGCCUCGCCGCCGUCACCUCCACAUCUCUCUCCUAUAACCGCCGCCGACCCUCUCUCAUAUCCUCAUUUUCCGCUGCGAAGACCGCAUGGAAAAGGGUCUCCGUCACCGCCAUCUUCGUCUACGGUCUCCUACUCCUCUACGCCCCGGUUCCGAUCUUUAUUGCAGCUCCUUUCAGCUCCGAACCCAGGUUGAAGCUGGCGGUUCUGGUUGCCGCGUCGGUUUUCGAAAUUUACCUGAUGGGGGUGAUGGGUCUGGCGCUUGUGGUGUCCGUCGUGGAGGAGAGGUUCGGGUGGGAGGCGAUCCGGGCCGGAUCGGAGGUGAUGGAAGGAAGAAGGGUUGCCGGAUGGGCUUUGUCAGCGUCGUUCAUCGCGGUGUCGGGUUUCGUCGAUUACAAGCUGGAGGAAUUGAUGGAGGAUCUGGAUUUAUCCACGUUGUCGUGGUGGACGGUGGUGAUUGAAAGGUGGGAUGCAGUGGCACUGGUUCUUUUGUACGGAAUAGAAGUGUUGUGGUGCUACGUAGUUACUACAGUUUUUUACUGCGGGUGCAAGAAACGGCAAGUAAUCAAGGGUGAAGACGCGAGCUUUGUUACUGUUUAA